CAGUCGUCUGGCGCGUGUAGGUCCUGUAUUGUGGGGACAGCGCCAGAUUUUGAAUUGUCUAAAUACACCUUUGAAAUUUCGCUGAUGAAUAGAUGUAGUGAGGCUUAACCGCUUGCAACAAAAUAUUGUAACUGGGUCUGUUGAGAAGUGAAAUUGUUCUUCCUUCUAUCAUGAAGCGCAUGUCCGCAUUUGCUGUCUUUGCGAGCAAAUCAAGCGCCGAGAAGAAGGGUAAACCUUCUGCAAGUCCAGCACUUUCCAUUGAGGAUGGUGUUAAAAUAAAGCGAGCUGAAAGCACACCCACAAUGGGCAAGCGAAAGAAACUAUUGAAGGCAUUGCGAAACAGCGUACGAGGCUCAGGACAUAAGUCUCGGCCUCAAACACCUAAAGAAAAAGACUCUGUGUCCUUGACACUUGCCAGCAGCAUGCAAGGGAAACAAGUCUUAAAGCCUCCGGUAGAUUAUCAGCGGAAACCUAAAAUUCCUGUCCGACAAACAUCUACACUUAUUCAGCCCAAGAAAGUUAUUUCUCAUGAUGCUGUUGUUGGAUCAGCAAGAAAAUCCAUGAGCCCUGUCAUUAAAAAGGUAUCAACUGCAGAAGAGAGAGGCAAUAUGAGUUUACCUGGUCUGUUAAAAACUACUGCAGAAGCUAAUUCAGAAAAGAUUGUCAAGGCAGUAAAAAGUCCUAAAGUCCCUACGCAGAAUGCUAAUGGUCUUAGCAAGAGUCCUAAGGGAGACAAUCUUUCAUUGUCUGGUAAAAGAAGGAAGUCACCUGGAGGAAAAUCUUAUUGUCACGUGACAGAUGAUGUCUCCAUUAGCAAAAAAAUGAGAGUGACUAGAGAUUUUGAAAGUUCAUUAGAAAUUGUUGGGAGACCUAAGAGCCAGAAAAGUUCUGGACUUGCACAGGCAUUGGAAGGUGGAGAUGCAGCGAAGCCCAAGAUUAAGAGAAGAUCAUCAGGGUCCAGUUACCUGGAUAUGGAAAAAGUACCAAACAAUGAGGGUGAUACAAGAAAUUUUCCAACAUCAAAAGAACAGCCUGCGUGUCGGCCAAAGAGGAUGCCAAAUGUGUUUGACAGCAAUGCUGAGGCAACCCGAAUGUUUGAGUGCCUGAUUCACCCAGUAACACCGGACAGAUUUUUCAGGGAACUGUGGGAAAAGAAACCAUUGUUAGUAAAACGCCACACGCCAGACUACAACAGCGCAUGGUUCAGUACAAAAGAGUUAGAUCGAAUUCUUCGACAGGAAAACAUCCAUUUUGGAGUAAAUUUAGAUAUUACAUCCUAUAGAGAUGACAAACGAGAAACUCACAAUCCAGAUGGAAGAGCCUAUGCUCCUGUUGUGUGGGACUUCUAUCAGAGAGGAUGUUCUGUUCGACUUUUGAACCCACAAACCUACAGCCGCAAUGUCUGGAAAAUCUUAUCAGUUCUUCAGGACUACUUUAACUGCAGUGUUGGAGCAAAUGUCUAUCUUACUCCUCCUGGAACUCAAGGCUUUGCUCCUCACUAUGAUGAUAUUGAAGCUUUUGUGAUACAGCUAGAGGGGAAAAAGCACUGGAAACUAUACAACCCCAGAUCUGAUGCAGAAACCUUGCCAAGAUUUUCAAGUGGAAACUUUUCCCAGAAUGAAAUGGCUAAUCCCAUACUGAACGUGGUCCUAGAGGCUGGAGACCUUCUGUACUUCCCCAGAGGCACCAUCCACCAGGCAUCAGCCAGUGAAGAUGAGCACUCUCUGCACAUCACGUUCUCUUGUUAUCAGCGCAACACCUGGGGAGACCUGCUUGAACAGUUGGUGCCCCAGGCUGUACAGCUAGCUAUUGAAGAGAAUGUGGAAUUUAGAAGAGGUCUUCCAAGAGAUUACAAUCGCUAUAUGGGCAUUGCACACAGUGAAAAGGAUAGUGCAGAUAGAAAGCAGUUUAUCAAGACAGUGGAGGAGCUUGUGAAGUCCAUCGUGAAGCAUCUUCCUGUGGAUGCAGCAUGUGACCAGCUGAGCAAGGCUUCCUUGAUCAGUGCUCUGCCACCAGCAAUUUCAGAGCAAGAGAAAGCUUGCAGUGUACAUGGUGCAGGGGAGUACUGGAGUACACAGGAAGGACAGGUGAGAGGGGUGGUGGAGCUGGAGCCUGACACAGAGAUUCGCCUCAUCCGCGGCAACAUCCUCAGAAUUGUAUCUGAGGAGGAUGAAGUCCGAAUUUAUCAUAGUUUGGAGAACAGCCGAACUCGUGAAGAUACCCCACGAUACAUUGUCAUAUCAUCAGAGAGUGCACCUGCAGUAGAGUGCCUAAUUGAUGCAUACCCAGAAUACAUCACCAUUGAUAGUCUGCCAUUGGCCUCAGUAACAGACAAGGUAGAGAUUGCCACAACUCUGUAUGACAAGGGCAUGUUGAUGACCUCCCAUCCUCUGCCUACCACAUAUGAUGAAGGAGAUAAUGAUUCUGAAGAAGAGUUUGAAGAGGAUGGAAUUUUUUCAUGACAGUCUUCCAGAAGAUGCAGUGUUUUGAAGAGUAGCCUGUAGCAAGGAUUCUAUGUUUGUGGGUAAAUGAAAAGCAAUGCAAUUGAACGUUUAGAACAGAAGUGAUGGCAGGAAGUACAAUGUGUUCAAAUAUUUUUACCUAUUAACUUAUGAUAAAGACAACCAUCACUGACACACGGUUUUGAAGAGCCUUUUAAAAAAAUAUUUAAAUGAUGUGAUUUGCAAGAGAAGUAAUUUUAAAUUUUUCUUGUCCUAAAUUCAAAGGAAAGAUGGUAAUCAUGGAACAUAGAGCUCCUGUCAUGCAAGUUGGUUAUGAGGCAGAAAUAAAAAAACAAGUACACAUGAUCAAAGUGCUAAGCAAUGACAUAUUUUAUUAGUAUAUAUAUUAGACAUUAAAUAUUACUGUUGUCAUUGUCGGCUGUUGGAAUAUAGAUCCAUGUCAAAUUGAGUAACCACCGUCUUGAACAUGGCUCUUGACCAACUGAGCCAUUGCCAACAAAAUAUGUGAUUGGUUUAAUAUUUAGCUUCUUAAUGGAAGUAAUUUAUAGUAAAACGCUCACUGUGGUUGUGAAGGAGCAAAGUGUGUGGUUAACAUGCAAAAUAAUCUUUAAUGAAAUGUUUAACAAAUUUUGUAUAUGAAAAUCUUAACUGCUGGCUUGAUGUUUUAUGAAUAGAGUGUAGAAUUCAAGAUGACUUUGUAUAACAAUUGUUUUAUAUUGCUAGGUGUAGCAAGUGAUAUACAGAGUGUAUUUUUAGCAAACACAUUUCAGUUGCUGAUAUAAACUAAACAAGAUACCAAUUGUUUGGAUACUUCCGCAUAUUAAGUUGCAUAUAUUUUGGAAUUUGGCCUUGUAAAAUAUCCCUGCUUCUAGUCAGUUGUAGUUGCUUAAAAAUUACUUUUCCGUUGUGUAUAUAUAUUAUAAAAUGACAAUAUAGAUAUAUAUAUAUACAGAUCCAAGUUUACUUGUCAAGUGUGAAAAUGCAGGACAUUAACCACAGGCAAAAAUUAGAUGUGCAUACUGUAUGGGGUCAGAUAAACCAUGAUGAGGGUUGCUGAGACUUCUGCCAAGGUUUUGGAGCAACAAGAGUGAGAGCGAAUCAACAAAAUGAAAAUGAGAGAUGUCUGUUGUUCUGUGUGGUAGUCACCCUGGGCUUUGUGUUUCACAUGCACAGAAGAAAGUGGGACUAAUGAGAAAGUGGCAUUGUGGAUCCAAAACCAGUUUCACAAAAGCAUGUUUUUGUUUUUUUUGAUGCAUACAGAUUUGAAAGUUAUGAAACAAAUGAGAAUUUCAAGACCAGAAGUUGCUGAUUAGUUUUUAAUUUGUGAGAACUCCUUUCUGCAUGGUUCAUGCUUGCAAGAGAGCUUUUAUUGCCAGUAGAAAACUUUUUGCAUUCCUAGCCCCUCAGUUCUGACUCCUAGACCUCUAGGUGCCUUAAAUAAUAGCCAAGGAAAUGGUUGUGGUUGUUAAAAAAAAACCUGGUUAAAAAGACUAAGUAACUUUUAAAAACUGUUAGUGACCCUUUCAAAGUCAGAUGAGACAAUUAUAGCUUAUUUAUUUAAUGAUUUUACGUUUUACUCCCAUUAUUAGUAUUUCUUGAAUCAUUGUUUACCAAAAAAUCUCGCAUUUUGUCUGUAUAAAAGGCAAACUAUUUCUGAAUUCAGGAAUUAAAAAAAUCUAUUGUCUUAAAAUAAUAUACACAUUUUUAUACAAUUUUGGUAUUUUUAGGCAGAUGAUUCCAUGCACUAUAGUAGUAGCAGCUUUUAGCAAUCUUAUCUGUAAGAGAUUUGUACAAGAUAUUUGGUUCCUGGUUUUAUGCACAUCCACAGGUACAAGAUGACUUUAUUUUUUUUUUUUUUUUGGGUCUGGUUAUUUUGAUGUUCAUGUAAUGUGAAUUUUUUUUGUGUGUGGCUUAGUCCAAACACUUUUUUAGCAGUUGUUACACCUAAACCACAAGAAUAAACAUGGCAUCUUCAAAGUCUUUUGUUA